AAACACAGUUUCAAUCAUCAUACAUUAAUAUAGUCAAAAUAUUAACAUGACUCUGCCACAUUCAAUUAAUUUAAACAAAAAUUGAGUGUCACAAGAUGCAAAAAGAUCCCAUAUAAAUUCAGAAUACAUACAUACAUACAUACAUGUAAGGGUGAAAAAGUUAGAAAAGUUGAAACACAUGGAUCCAAAUGAUAAUAAUAGCUCUUGUGAAUCUUCUUUUUGCAAAGAUGAAAAAGUGGAAGCAAUGAAUCUACUUGAAGAGUGUUGGUAUUUUGAUAACUUGUUAAAUAUAAAACCAAAGAUGUUAAGGUGUCAUUCUGAUCCUUACCCUUCAACAAGACUAAUCAGCUCAGAACUUUUGAAGGAUUCAUCAGCAAGUAAACCAUCCAAUAGUGAUUUUGUUCAUCCUAAGAAGCUGCAAAGAGCACCAUCUAUGCCACCUAUUAGAGUGAAAGAAGAAGAAAAAGAUGAUAAAAAAGGAAGGAAAUUGGUGCAUCAAACAUCGGAUUCUGCUAUGCAUAAGGCAGGUAGUAAACAUCAUUGUGGAAAGAUGAAAGGACUUGAUCAUAGAAGUGAUAGCAAUAGAAGGAAAAGCAAAUUGCUAAGAACACCAUCUUUGCCUCCAUCAAUAGGGAGAGAGGAAAAGUUUCAAGAAACCGAUUCAAGAACUGGAAGAUCCCGAAAACAACCAUCAGCACCUCCCAAUAAUGACAACUUGCCUCCAAGGUUAACCUCUAAGAGUUGCAGCAUUCCAAGAAGUAGACCAGCUAAAAACAUCGAAGUUGAAAGCUUAAACAAAGAGGGUAUUUUGGAGAUGAGGAGAAAGGUCCUAAAUCAGAAAACAAUAAGAAGAAGCCUAAGUGAUCUUGAGUAUGAAGAAGUUCAAGGGUUCAAGGAUUUAGGAUUCUCAUUUGAGAAAGAAGCUUUAAGUCCAAGCUUAGCUAACAUAAUUCCUGGCUUGCAAGAGAAAAAUAGAGAUGAAAGUGAGGAAGAUAAAGCAGCAAGAGGACCUUACUUAUCAGAGGCAUGGUUGGUGCAAAGUUGUGCAACUCCUCCUGUUCCAAAUUGGGGAAAUAAGAUGUCUGCAGAUGACAUGAAAAAACAUAUCAAGUUUUGGGCUAGAGCUGUGGCUUCAACUAAAUGUUGAAUAUCAUCAUCAUAAAUCACAUUUCAUAAAUCAAUUCUUUUGUAACAAUUUCCUAAGAACAAUAAAAAUAAUAAUGACUAGUAAUAAUAAUUCUUCGUAUUUAUUUUUUUAACUAUAGAUAAUAGAUGUGAAGUAUCUAUCAGCUUUACUGAUGAUUAAUCUCCGCUGAAAAACCUAGUUGGCCACCUUUAGUGGGUCAAACGUCCCCUCCCAACCAUGUUUUAUUUUCCUAUCCACCUGCAGAUUAAAAAAAGAUGUGUUAUAUUAGUAAAUAAAAUAAUACAUUUUUAAAAA